CUGGCGGCAGCGUUGCCAGGUCUUACGAGAAGGAUCGGUCCGGAUAUAUUCCUCGAUUUUAUCGUAUUCGUUCGGGAUUAGACCGAUUUUUCAACAACAACGACCCACGGCUCGAGUCGUCUCUUCGAUACUCGGGUUUCGAUAGCGCGUUGGAUCUGAAAAGACAAUCGAGUCCAUUGCUAGUUUGCAUCAUGUUAACAAGCACACCCGGUUACUGGUGUGUUGCAAGUUUGUUUGUAUUGUGCUGUUGAAAGGUGCAGUGAUAAAGUUUUCGCGCAUUUAUCAUCGGCUGCGAAGGCAGGGAAGGAAAAGCUCUUGUUCCGGUUAGACAUUUCCUUGUUGUUGUUGUUGUUGUUGUUUGGCACGCGUUCAUUCCAAUGGUCAAACGUCGCAAUCUCCUGUCACUGUUACGCUCUAUAAAUCCACCUACCGAGUGAACGUACGCAGUGAAGCAGUUGCGAUAAUUGCAGUAAAGAAGACUGAAGAUUUAACCUGGUGUAAAAACGAACAGGGAUAGUAAAAAACGUGAAAACGGCUGUUGAAUCCUAUCACCAAAGCCAGGUACCUGCUCACUUACGCGAGCGAAAAGGUGGAUACAAGAGGUACAGGUGUUGGUCGUUGCCUAGACUUACUACCUGUAUUGGAAACUACUACAGGUGAUUUUGUCGGGAGAGAAAUAUCAUGGAUGCUGUGUAGUAGACUCGUGGCGUGACUUACGCACUAAACCGCGUAACGCGCCAGUGGAAUUCACGGCAUGUUUUAUUAUCAUCAUUGGCGUGUAGAAAGGUGAGGCGUGGAUUCGACGAUAUUCACGUUGAUGGGAAUUUCAGUCUUUUCCCGAAGAAUCGGUAGAUAGACGGAACGGACUGACGAGAAGAAUGGUGAAAUAUUGGAGUUAGCGUUGUGUGGUUGGAGCAUGCAACUAGUUUUACGUCGGUUUUAACGAGAGAGUGAGAAACGCUGAACGUCGUUCAGUUUCUGCCAACGACCGGAGUCAGGAGUAAAUUUAACGAUUUCGUCCUUGUCGAGUAGCCGUACAUUGAAAUACAGCCAAUUUCUCAAUCGUCGAAAGUGAUGAGCUCUCAAUUUUCAUAACCAAGGGGCGUUUAGGAGGUCGUAAAAUUGAAUAGCUCAGCGUGGUUCUUCACCGUGAGACGUGACGUGCAGCAUUUUCGCAAUGACCUGUCGCGUUUGACAAACUUUCAGGAUACACGUAUCCGGGGAUUAUUUAUCCAGAUUAAACGGAUGCAGUGAAGUGCUCCGGAGUUGAUUGAGCUUCGAACGUAGCUAGUGAAAUUGAAAAAGUAUUACUUGAUCACGUCGGGUGACGAUAUCCUCGUUGAUAUGGAACGGAAUGACGGCAAUAGCGGUGCUGGUGGUAUUGAAAGGAACACCGGCAAUCCAUCGUUGAAUUCAACGAGUCACUCGUCGCCACAUCACAACAAUACGACGAAUUCUGGAAUCCUCGACAGUCUAAAUCAGGUCGGAGACAGAGGAUGGGAAGUUCAUCAUGUUACCGUGACCAGAGUCCCCGGUUACGGAUUCGGUAUCGCCGUCUCCGGGGGUCGGGACAAUCCUCAUUUCACGAACGGAGAUCCCGCGAUCGCAAUUUCUGAUGUACUAAAGGCCGGACCCGCCGAAGGAAAGCUUCAAGUGAACGACCGCAUCAUAUCCGCCAAUGGCGUUUCCCUGGAGGGUGCCGACUACGGAGCCGCUGUUCGCGUUCUUCGAGACUCUGGAUCAACGGUCCUCUUGGUAGUGAAACGCCGAGCUUCUGCGAACGUUCCUGGAUCUCCGGGCACAUCUGUACCACAGAGUCAUAGAUUAACUUUGACGAGGAACAACAAGAAAGACGACUUUGGAAUCAUCCUAGGAUGUCGUCUUUACGUAAGAGAAGUAACGCGCGAAGGUACCGGAGUCCGACCCGGUGAUGUUUUGACCAGAAUCAGCGGGGUGGCUGCGGACAAUAUGAGUCUGAAGGAGGCUCGGAAGUUGAUGGAUCAAUGCAAGGACCGACUGUCGAUCGUCGUUACGAGAGAAACCCCGGUUCCCUCGCACUCCCAUCAGCCCAGCAAAGGCGAAUCGGGCGAGUAUCUCUCCGCUGCUAGCUACAGUAGUCAAAAUCUCUACGUACCGCCACCCACAAGGCAGCCUAUGGAAGACAAAAGUAAUCUCGCACCCAGGGGAAGAUCGAGGGGACCUCUUUUAGACGUAUCACUCAGCCAGCUUGAUCUACCCGCUACUCCGACGGUAGAUCCUCCCAGACCACCGCCACCCCGGCCAGAAGAUUAUUACAGUUCAAGGAGGCAACUCUACGACGAGGAUCCUCUCAUUCAACGAACAAAACAACCCAUGCCGGAUCCUAGGUUCAUAACGUUCCAAAAGGAAGGAUCGGUCGGCGUUCGUUUGACAGGUGGAAAUGAGACCGGGGUUUUCGUAACUGCGGUUCAACCGGGCAGCCCGGCGUCUUUGCAGGGUCUACAGCCUGGUGACAAAAUACUCAAGGUAAAUGAUAUGGACAUGAAGGGAGUGACCAGAGAAGAAGCAGUACUCUUUUUACUAAGCCUUCAAGAACAAAUCGAUCUCAUAGUGCAACACAGGCGUCAGGAGUAUGACCAAAUUGUGGCAUCUGGAAGAGGCGACUCUUUUCACAUUAAGACUCACUUCCAUUAUGAACAGCCUGAGAAAGGAGAGAUGAGUUUUCGCUCUGGCGACGUAUUUCAUGUCGUUGACACGUUACAUAACGGUGUCGUAGGCUCGUGGCAAGUUUUCCGAAUCGGACGAAACAACCAAGAAGUUCAAAAAGGAAUAAUACCGAACAAGGCACGUGCCGAGGAAUUGGCUACAGCUCAAUUUAACGCUACUAAGAAAGAACUCAGCGCCAGCGAAAGCAGAGGCAGCUUCUUCAGAAGACGACGUGGUAGUCAUAGGAGAUCUAAAUCACUUGGCAGGGAUCAUUGGGACGACGUUGUAUUCUCAGACAGCGUAAGCAAGUUUCCGGCUUAUGAACGAGUCGUGUUGCGACACCCAGGAUUUAUUAGACCUGUGGUUCUCUUUGGACCGGUAGCUGAUCUCGCUAGGGAAAAGCUACUCAAAGAUUUCCCUGAUAAAUUCACGUCUCCUCAAAUGGAAAGUCAGAUGGACGAAAGCAGCGGAAAGAGUACCAAAUCGUCAGGAAUCAUUCGAUUAAGUGCCAUAAGAGAAGUAAUGGACAGAGGAAAACACGCGCUGUUGGAUAUAACACCAAAUGCUGUCGACCGUUUGAAUUAUGCUCAAUUUUAUCCUAUCGUAAUUUUUCUCAAAGCGGAAAACAAACAGACUAUCAAAGAAAUGCGUGCUGGGAUACCAAAGUCGGCACACAAGAGCAGCAAAAAGCUACUUGAACAGUGUCAAAAAUUGGAUAAAAUCUGGGGUCAUGUAUUCAGUGCAGUUGUUACUCUGACCACACCAGAAGCAUGGUACAGAAAACUCAGAGAAUUGAUAGACAGACAGCAACAAGGUCCUUUAUGGAUGAGCCAAACCAAGCCGGAAGAGGCCCUUUCGGAUGACUUCCUGUUCCCGAUGACUUCUCGCCUCUCCUACGCUUCCUCCCCGGAGAGUGACCUGGAGCUGAGCCCUGCUCCUCCCCUUCCUGGUGCUUUGGGGCCGCCAACUAGGUUGAAGAGUAGCUCCGAUCCAAGCAUCGCUACUCAAGACGACACUAGUGCACCACCGCCGUAUACCACCAAUUACCAGGCCUUUGAACAGCAUAAGCGGAGGUCGCAGGGGGGUGUAGGUGAUAGCAAAUAUGGUUUUUCAAUACCUGGUCAAACCAACGAUCAGUCUGGUCCACCUCAAUAUCCUGGGGGGCCGCCUCAACAAAGAUCGCCACACCAAGGACCACCUGAUUUACCACCUAGAGUAGAUCGCAAUGCAAAACCACCAAAUCAAACACACCGUGGGACUGCUGGGCGAACUGCCCAGGAGAGACUUGCUAACAAGACUGAUUCCGUCCUGGAUAUGGGAAAUUAUAUUAAUGCUACCCCCCAUAGAGCUAAUGCCACAUCAUCAUUAGAAAGAGCACAGCCAACAGCAGGAAGCUACGAUAGUAUGUCUUCUUACGAUUCGUAUAAUAAUACAAACGGAAAUGCAACGUAUACAGCCACCAAUCUCAAUACAUCGACCGGUCGAUUAGGACCUAAUGUUCCAGAUGAUUUGAAGAGCGGUGGUGUUCCUGUUUCACCACGAGCUCACGAUCCUUACAGAUUCACAAGGUCUACAGCACAGCCUAUUCCAGCUCAAGAAAAUCAAAUACGUACAGAUUAUGCCAAAUACAGCCGGACGGGAGAUUAUAAACCCGCUGUUCCACCCCCUCAAGGAAAGCCAAGUGGUUCUUACAAGCCAAUACCACCUCCAAAACCCAAGAAUUACAGGCCUCCACAGCAGCCUUUACCUCAAGAUGAGACGAACAGCAGUAGUUUGUAUCAGCAUGCCAAAAGUUAUUCCAUCGCCACAUCACACAUACACAAUGGGGCUGAAAAUGGCAGUAACAUUCAGCGUAACAGCGGCCAGUACUACUACAACAUUCCUCCACCUAAUCGUAAUAACGAGGGUUACAACAUGAACUCAAAUCACAGUCACAGUCACAGUCAUACGUCACCGCUGAACCACAGUCACAGCCUUAGUCACACGCAUCCUCACUCCAGCUCCCCCAUGACGCAUUCCCACAGCAACAGUGCCGGACAAAUUAACGUUGGCCAUGCACAAAAUCGCAACAAUAUCAAUCAUAACGGACACAGUCACAGCAAUAGUCAUGGAGGUGUUACGGGAAAUACGGGAAAUGGGAACUUGAGUCACAACAACAGGGAGCCCAACGCACUUGAUCUGGCGGGAAGCAGAGAACAGAGAGGCAGUGCUUUUGAACUAUACAGAAAACCGUUGCAUCAUCACAAUGUAAGGAGACUGGGGGUGGCACGGGGUGUGUUCUGUAGCAAAGGUGGUGUUUUGGAAGGACCAGGGGGUGUUACACUCACGGUACCCCCUGGGGCCUUACCGCUGCAGAUACAACAAGAAAUCUACUUCUCUGUAACAGCUCCACGUAUACUCAAAACGCAUAAUACCUCUGGCCAUUGUUCACCCGUAUCACCACCCAUGCAUCACGGUGAAUCUCUACUGAGUCCGGUGGUUGAGUGUGGACCUCGUGGCUUGGAUUUUUUAACCCCAGUAGAACUCAAGAUUCCACACAACGCUACACCCGCACAUAGGCUGGCACUGAAAGCUACUGACACAGAAAACCAAUCAACUGCUAAUUGGUUGGAUGUUAAACUACCGAGCCAUACUUCUAAUUAUGUCACCGUACGUCUUGAUCAUUUCUAAGAUAUUCAGUGUGUAUCUUAUUUUUGUACCAGACAAACACACACGGAUAAUUUGUUUUAAGAUUAUUGAAUUGACUUUUCUGUUUGAGGGACAUUACUGAAACACUAUGCUGUGAGUCUGUCCGGUACGUAAGUUUCAAUCUGAAUAAGUCAAUGAACAAAAAUAAAAAAUACUGUACAUAAUUGUACAUUCUCUAUGAGAAUUUUAUUGUUUUGUUUUUCCUUUGUUAUUUCUCAACAUCAUUUUGUAAAAUUCGAAAUCAUGAAUAAAUUUAUCUUCGAGAAUUCAUUGUUUCUUUCGGGAUAAUCAUGAAAAAAAGUAAGACUAAAAUACCAAAUAAAUUAGACUAUUGUAUAAACCGACAAAACCAUAAUUUUAUCAAAUCGUUUGACAGGUCAUUAUUGCUACUCCAAACUCUGAAAAUGAGUUAAUGAAUUAAAAGCGUUAUGACCUAUUGCAUGGGUCAACAAGUCUUGUUGCAGUUUAUUUUUGCGAAUGAGUCAUCACAUAAUAGACACGAUUAUACAUGUAUUAUAUAUAGGUAUAAUAUAGGCAUCGUUGGUAUUGUUAAUUAUUAUUACCAUGUUUAUUGUGAUCUUGUGAGUUUAUAAGCGACAUUUAUUGGACACUACUCUAUACAUAUAUAAUUUGACCGCAUUGCAGAAUUAUACAUUGACCAUUGAUACAGAAUAGCAGUAGAAUAAAUUACCAGCAAUACACUCAGAUUAUGUAUAAGCGAGAAAAACCUUGGCAAUAAUUUAAUUGAUUUUGAAUGUUCAGCGGAUGGUGUGAGCUACAUCAUUUCCGAAUAUUAUGAAUAUCUACUGUGUGAAAUUGACCUUUACGUAUGCUCGUUUCAUCUCUGGACAUGUGUGAGAAUAUUCAAAAGUACGAUUCUCAUGGGCGUAUUAUAUGUACGUUAUGGAUGUUUAUAAGCUCAAUUCUUUAUAUUUAGCGAUGAUAUAUGAUUAACUAAUUUGGAAUCCUAAUAUCAAUAUAACGAUACAUAUACUAUAGGAAUACCUAACUCUAAUAUUUCUAUUGUGAAUAAUUGUGUUUGAUUCGACACGACUAUAAAAAAUGAUUACCACA